AUGGAUAUUGCUGAUGCUGACCUAAUCAGCAACCUUCCUGAGGUACUCUUAUCUCUGAUCAUCUCGCAUCUGAGUGUCGCAGAAAGUGUGAGAACAAGCAUCCUGUCUAGAAAAUGGAAAAACAUAUGGAAAUCAUCAUCUUGCCUUCACUUUGAUAAAAAAUUUCUGACAAAAUCCUGUACAGAUAUUUAUAACAGGGAUGAACCUUUCAGAAGGUUUUACAGAAAGAGGCUACAUGACGAGAUUUCACAAGCCACAGGUUUAGUUGAAAGGGUCAUUGAUUCUCAUGAAACAAAACUUGUAACGUGCAGUAUUUCUCACAUACAAGAUGAUUUUAAAUCUGGUCUCCUUGCAAGGUUGAUAAAAAACCUUGAAGAGAAAAAGCGCAUAGAAGAACUCUUCCUUACGUGCGAAGAACUCUUUGUUUCGGAUAAACUUCAGUGCAAUUUGCCUGCAGGUAUAUUUUUCUGUAGAACCUUACGUGUUCUUGAAUUGAAUGGAUAUUGGCUUAAAGAUGCUUCUCCUUUUGAAGGCUGCCGUAACCUUGUUACCUUAAGUCUCAAAUCGGUGAGUACAGAUGAUCAAACUCUUACUAGGGUUGUUUUUAAUUGUAUGUUUUUGGAGGAUUUGAGUAUUUGUUCUUGUACUGGUAUAAAAAGGAUGGAGAUUCGUGAUCAGAAUCUCAAGUCUUUGAAACUUAAGGACUUAGAAUUGGAAGGAAUUGAUAUCAAUGCUAAGUGCCUUAGCAUUCUUGUUCUUGAUUCAGUGUUAUGCUCAUUAAAUAUGCAAAUUAAUUCUCCAAGUCUUCUGGAGUUUGGAUUUAGUUUUGAUGGUGGUUUAGCCCAAAAAAGCACACAGAUCUAUUCAAGGAUUAUAGAUUUUCUUGAGCGUUGCUGUGGUCUCCUGAUACUCAAUAUCAGUAUUCCACCCAGGAGCUGGGGGCCUUCCGACUGGGAAUUACCAUAUCCUACUUUCAUGUUCUGGGAGAAAAGGGAGUUGUAUGAUAGCAUCACACAUAGCCUGAAAGUAGUGGGGAUGAAAGGGUUCUGUGGGAAAGAGAGAGAGAUUAUUUUUGCUAAACAUCUCAUAAGAAAGGCUCCCAUGUUGAGGAGAUUUGUGAUCGAGUGUGAUAAAAACUGCUCGGAGAGAGGAGCAAGGGAAACAUCAGCCUUACCACUCGAGCCAAGGGCCUCCAUCAAUCUCUUUAUAGUUUUGAAGCCAGAGCAAGUUGGAGAGAGUGUCAGUUGCAUAGCAUGCAUGUACAUGGAAUUGUAUUCCGCUCUGAUUGUUUUUGGGGCACUACCACCAUCGCUAUUCUCGUAUGCCUUGAAAUCAUUCGUCUAUGCAAUUAAAAUAACUAUUCCUGAAGGAUUAUGCUUGUAUGGCGUUUUGGGGUUACUACGCUGGAGUGGUAUCGGUAUUAUUUUGGCAAGACUAGUUUGGCUUAUUCAUUGCAAUGGGUAA